CAAACCACAGUCCUGGGACCAUCAUAAAAAGCUCUGGAUCUGCCAUAGUCCACGUCUUCAGACUCCAACAGGUUUCUCUACAUCUUCACAUCUCAGACCCUUCAGCCAUGAGAUUUCAUCUGCUUCUCCAUAUUCUUCUCUUCCUUUUGGCCUUCUUACCCCCAGUUAGAAGUGGCUUAGGUGCUGCUGAGACCCACUGUCUCAACCUGGAGGGCACCUGCAGACGAGACAUUUGCAAAGUAGUAGAAGAUGAAAUCGGUGCUUGCCGAAGACGAUGGAAAUGCUGCAGGUUCUGGUGGAUUCUUGUGCCAAUCCCAACACCAGUUAUCUUUUCAGACUAUCAAGAACCCGUCAAGACCAAGUUAAAAUAAAAG